AUCCAAUGGUUACAAUUUCACAGUAGAGUCCACUGUGUAGCAACUAAUUAUGAGUGUGCACCGCAGGCACCCUCAAUCCAAAAUUUUCACCUCCUCCAAAUUAUUCAAACAGUGACUCUAUCAUCCUCCCAUCUCGACGUCGACGUCGGCCACAUCUUCCAAAUUAUUCGCCAGAUCCAGGUCUUUCCCACCGAGACAGUUUAAUCCUGUUUGAAAGCACAUUUUCACUUCACUUUGCAAUACCCAAAAGAGGCGCAACGAUGGCGUUGGCCGUCUCUACUUCAUCUGCCGUUCAUGGCUAUUCCUUAUCCUCAGCUCUUGGGCUAACCAAAGCCGCACAAUUCGGCGCUUAUCAGCGGUUGUGUUGGCCUCGUCUCCGAUCGACGUCCCUUAAUUUCUCUGAGCGGCGUUGUACCGUGAAGCCAUUCCAUAAGCUAAUCAAGUCAAUGGCGGAGGGGCUAAACGCGGUUGUUCCAAGUAACGAGCUUUUGGAAUGGCCGAAGCAGGACAAGCGUCGUCUUUUGCACGCCGUGUAUCGUGUGGGAGACCUUGACAGGACAAUCAAGUUUUACACUGAAUGUUUCGGGAUGAAGCUCUUAAGGAAAAGGGAUAUUCCGGACGAAAAAUAUUCCAAUGCUUUUCUUGGGUUUGGCCUGGAGGACUCCCACUUUGUUUUAGAGUUGACUUACAAUUAUGGGGUCGAUCAAUAUGACAUUGGAACUGGCUUUGGACAUUUUGCCAUUGCAACUGAAGAUGUUUACAAAUUGGUCGAGAAUGUAAAGGCAAAAGGUGGUAUUGUCACUCGAGAGCCGGGCCCAGUUAAAGGUGGAAAGUCUAUUAUUGCCUUUGUCAAGGAUCCAGAUGGCUACCUUUUUGAGAUAAUUCAACGUGGGCCCACACCUGAACCUCUCUGCCAAGUGAUGCUUCGUGUUGGUGAUCUGGAACGUUCUAUCAAAUUUUAUGAGAAGGCACUAGGAAUGAAACUACUGAAGAAAACUGACCGUCCUGAACAAAAGUACACAAUAGCGAUGUUGGGAUAUGCCGAAGAACAUGAGACCACUGUCUUGGAACUUACAUAUAACUAUGGUGUCACUGAAUACACCAAAGGAAAUGCAUAUGCACAGGUUGCAAUUAGCACUGAUGAUGUGUAUAAGAGUGCUGAGGUUGUAAAACUUGUGACCGAGGAGCUUGGAGGAAAGAUAACUCGACAGCCAGGCCCGAUUCCUGGAAUCAACACUAAAAUCACUUCUUUCUUGGAUCCAGACGGGUGGAAAACGGUUUUGGUGGACAGUGCAGAUUUUCUGAAGGAACUUGAGGGAUAAGAGUGGUUGGAACCAAUAAAUGGUGGAGAUCUUAUCAUCGAUAAAUUGAUGUACCCGUUUCUGGUUAAUCGGUCAUAAUAAUGAAUAAGCCUUAAUAGCUCUUUUGAGUAUGAAGUAGAGUCUAAUAUUUCAUAUUCAAGGCACUCUUUUUUGUAUUAACUCCAAGCUAGUACAACACUCGUGUACUACAUAGGUACGGGUGUUGAGUUAAAAAAAUAUAUUAUAAAAGUUAUUGCUAAAUAAAAAUUUUAUUUAAAAA